UCGUGUCCCAAAGCUUGUAUUUUGUGGCAUAGGUGCAUUUUGUUUCUUUUCUGUUUUUUAUCCUACAGGAGGAGAAAGGAGGAGGUCUGCGACAUCAGACCGGGCAGUGCAGUCAGUCGUGUUACAGAGAGUAGCCAGCUCUCCGUGCGUUCCGGGCACAACGUAUACAUACGCUGCCUGAGUGCUGUGUCUGCAUGGCGUAGCAAGGCACGAGAGGACAUUCAUCGGAAGGGGAUAGAGGGAGAACAUGUGGAACAAAAUUGAUGGUCCCUCUGCGCCAGUUUAUACCGAGUUGCUCCGCGGCCCGCUGCGAAACUGCUGUUGUUGAUUGAUUGCCGUUUUUCGGGCACACAGGAGUAAGAAAGGACUUUUUUCGGGAUGUCACCUCUACAUCUCCAUGAGCAAAGUUAGUGUAGACAGCCGAUCCCAAAAAUACCGCGUUGCCUUGAAUUCAGUUGUGUGGAUUGCUGGAUUGCCGGGGGUUGGCUCAUGUCCGUGCCGUGGCCUCACGUCGUUUUGUUUGCCUCAGUGAUCAUGAUCAUGUCAUGCGGUAGCCUUCCUGGGUGUUGUGUUGUUAUAGACAAGGCAAGGAGGGGAAGAGAAGGAAACCCGCCGUUCGAUGUCCUACACGUCAUCAGCACAUGUAUGUAG